CCUGGGCACAAGAUGGCCGCUGCGCGCCCGGAGCCCCCGAGUCCGAGCUCAGCGGCCCCGGAGCCGAGAUCCCCGGAGCCUCCGGACCUGGUCCUGGUGCCUGAUGACAGCCGCCCGGCCACGCCCCCGAGUGACCUCAUCGAGAUCCAGGUGGUGAGGGUGACGGGCACCACGCUGGUACCUGAGCCCCCGGAGCCAGGUUCUCUCCACUGUGCCUUGUGCCCAGCUGUCUUCCGGCUGGUCUCCGAGCUGCUGUUCCACGAACACGGCCACCUGGCGGGGGCUGAGGGUGGUGGGCAGGGUGGGGACCCAAGCCGGUGUCAUGUGUGUGGCCACAGCUGUCCAGGCCCCGCCAGCCUCCGUGCCCACUACAGCCUGCACACGGGAGAGCGGCCCUACCGCUGCCCGCUCUGCCCCCGGGCCUUCAAGGCCCUGGCACCUCUGCUGCGGCACCAGCACCGACACGGGGUGGAGCCGGGGACCGCUCAAAGGCCUCCGGAGGCGGCGGCGGCUCGAGAACAGCGGCCGGGGGUGCCCCAGGAGAGGUCGGAGGUGGUGAUGGCUGCGGCGGCCGCGGGCGCGGCGGUGGGGAAGCCUUUCGCCUGCAGGUUCUGCGCCAAGCCGUUCCGCCGCUCCUCAGACAUGCGAGACCACGAGCGGGUGCACACGGGCGAGCGGCCCUACCACUGCGGCGUGUGCGGCAAGGGCUUCACCCAGUCCUCGGUGCUCAGCGGCCACGCCCGCAUCCACACUGGCGAGCGCCCCUUCCGCUGCACCCUCUGCGAUCGCACUUUCAACAACUCCUCCAACUUCCGAAAGCAUCAGCGCACCCACUUCCACGGGCCAGGACCGGGGUUGGGAGACUCUGGAAGUCAGCUGGCAUCGGGGGCCGACGGGUCAGGGAGUGGGUGUGGGGCAGGAAACACUCUGGAAGAGGGACGUGGGGAGACCGCCAAAGUGAAGGUGGAGAUCGACCAGUAGUCCGGGAGAGCAGCAACGUGGGAGGUCGG